GGACUGUGCUACUGAAUGUACAUUCUGUCUUUUCCAGAAACGGGACGGGGAUUGAUUCAGACCUAUGAAUUAUGGAUCUUCGGCUUCUAUUUCUGAUCCUUCUAGUCCAGCCAAUUUCUGGGAGGCUUAGGAUGAAGUGCCCAUUGAACUUGAAGCACCAGAGUAGAAAAAAACCAUGGAGCUAUUACAGGCCAGGAGACUAUCUCAUUAGUAUGAUCACCACUGGAACAAAAAUAGUGCGUAUGACAAUGAUGCUUUUCGACAGCGCUCCUUAUAAUCAGUUUGACACUUUACCUUUUGAUAUGUUAAGAAUCCUACGCUACAUUUUUAAUAUUCAAGUGGUCAACAAGACUCCUGGACUUCUGAAAAACCUCACACUUGGUUACAACAUCCACGACAACUAUUUGAACAGACUUGUGACUUCAGAUGCCUUGCUAGACAUGCUCUCAAUGGGAGAAGCCAAUGUUCCCAACUACAGCUGUGGAAGGAAGGACCACCUUUUGGCUCUUGUUGAUGCAGCUACCGAUGACAUCUCCAUCCAGAUGUCAACCUUAGGAGGCCCCUACAAAGUCCCUCAGUUCCAUCCCUUUCUGGAGAAGACUGAAUUUCUCAAUCUUUCCAUAUAUGAACUGUACUUGGACCAAAAUGGAGAUUUAGCAGCUAACCUGAAGAUUGUGAGCUGGGUGUUUUUCCCUGAGAAGUAUCUCAUCAAAGAGAAAGUGGUGACUUUUGAAAGACAGAGGAUCAUUAUCAACCAAACUCUUUUGUCAUGGCUAAAGUCGCGUAACAGGUCUCUUCCUCAGUCCAAAUGUGUGGGAAAAUGUCAACCUGGAUUUGUCAAGCGAGCUCGAGAAGGAGAGCCAGUUUGCUGCUAUGACUGUGUUCCUUGUCCAGAGGGGACUAUCUCCAUUCAAGAAGGUGCUCAUGCUGAAGAUAAUGGAAGGACUUGUGGAAGUGGAUUCAUCCAGAGCAAGAGUGUCAAACUCGCGUCAUCAUCGUACCAUCACAUCGGGACUUUUUUUCCCUUUGAUAUGGAACAAUGCAUAAACUGUCUGGAUGAUAAAUAUCCAAAUGGGGACAGAAUCCAAUGUAUUCCCAAAACUGAAUCCUUCCUAUUGUAUGAAGAAUAUCUGGGCAUCAUCCUGAUCCAGGUGGAGAAGGAAGAAGGUGAAACAAAGGUUGGGGGCUCCGAGACUGCAGCCGUGGGAGGAAUCCCAAUUAAAGCUUCCCUGAUUGAUGGCUGCUCAGUCUUUGGAUUAAGACAAUCAGUGAAGGGGAGACUGAAAUUCUCUGGUUCUCUGGCUCACCACUAA